AUGGCUAGCACAUUAAGUCCCAGCACCACGCCUCAGACUGAGGAGCCUCCUGUACUGUCAUCGCGCAUUCAGAAUGCAGCUGACAUCUCUGUCAUUGUCAUCUACUUCUUAGUGGUGCUAGCUGUGGGGCUGUGGGCAAUGGUGAAAAGCAACAGAGGCACUGUUGGAGGCUUCUUCCUGGCUGGUCGCGACAUGUCCUGGUGGCCGAUGGGCGCCUCUCUCUUUGCCAGUAACAUUGGCAGCAACCACUUCGUGGGCUUGGCUGGAACGGGCGCGGCUUCAGGAAUCGCUAUUGCGGCCGUGGAAUGGAACGCCCUGCUUAUGGUGCUGGUUCUUGGGUGGGUGUUCGUCCCUAUCUACAUCAAGGCUGGGGUGUUGACCAUGCCAGAAUAUCUCAGGAAGCGCUUUGGUGGGAAGAGACUGCAGAUCUACCUUUCUGUGCUCUCCCUCUUCAUCAUGUUGGCCAUUCAAACUUCCUCAACCAUGUUUUCCGGAGCCAUAUUCAUCCAAUUGGCCUUGGGAUUGAACCUCUACCUGGCGGUCUUCAUCCUCUUGGCUAUCACUGCUUUUUACACGGUGGCUGGGGGGUUGGCCUCAGUGAUCUACACGGACUCUUUGCAGACUUUCAUCAUGCUGGUUGGCUCCUUAAUUCUCAUGGGAUUUGCAUUUGCAGAAGUCGGAGGCUACGAGAGCUUCACAGAGAAGUACAUGAACGCCAUCCCCUCUGUCGUGGAGGGGGACAACCUGACCAUCAGCCCCAAGUGCUACACUCCUCCGCCCGACUCCUUCCACAUCUUCCGAGAUCCCAUCACUGGAGACAUUCCAUGGCCAGGACUAAUAUUUGGAAUGACCAUUUUGGCCAUCUGGUACUGGUGCGCAGAUCAGGUCAUCGUACAACGCUGCUUAUGUGGCAAGAACAUGUCACAUGUGAAGGCUGCCUGCAUCAUGUGUGGCUACCUGAAGCUGCUACCCAUGUUCCUCAUGGUGAUGCCAGGGAUGAUCAGCCGCAUUCUGUACACAGAUAAAGUGGCCUGCGUUGUACCCUCUGAGUGCGAGAAACAGUGUGGCACUGCAGCCGGCUGCACCAACUAUGCCUACCCCACCCUGGUGCUGGAGCUGAUGCCUAACGGACUGCGAGGCCUGAUGCUGUCGGUCAUGUUGGCUUCUCUCAUGAGCUCCCUCACCUCCAUCUUCAACAGUGCCAGCACCAUCUUCACCAUGGAUCUUUACACCAAGAUAAGGAAGAAGGCAUCGGAGAGAGAGCUCAUGAUAGCUGGACGGAUAUUUGGCAUCAUCCUAAUUGUCACCAGCAUCCUGUGGGUCCCUCUGGUCCAGCAGUCACAGAAUGGACAGCUCUUCCACUAUAUUUCCUCAUUUUCUAGCUACAUUGGGCCUCCUCUUGGUGCAGUCUUCAUGCUUGCUAUCUUCUUCAAAAGGGUCAAUGAACAGGGAGCAUUCUGGGGGCUAAUGUUUGGACUCGUGGUAGGCCUUAUUCGCAUGAUCGCUGAGUUUGUAUACGGAACAGGCAGCUGCUUGGCUCCCAGUAACUGUCCCAAGAUUAUCUGUGGGGUGCAUUAUAUGUACUUUGCCAUCAUUCUCUUCUUCCUGUCCAUCAUAGUAAUCCUGGGAGUCUCCUUCCUAACAGAGCCGAUUCCAGAUGUUCAUCUAUACCGCCUGUGCUGGAGUCUUUGGAACAACACAGAGGAACGGAUUGACUUAGAUGCAGAAGAAGAGGAAACUCAAGAAGAAGUUGGUGGUGCUCUUGAUGAAGAUGAUUCUGAGCAAUCCCGUGGAUGUCUCAAGAGGGCGUGCAGCGUAUUCUGUGGUUUGCAGAAUUCAGGGCCCAAGCUGACCAAAGAAGAGGAGGCAGCUCUGAGGCAAAAAUUCUCAGACACAUCUGAGAAGCCCUUGUGGAGAAAUGUCGUGAACAUCAACGCCAUCCUCCUCCUGACUGUGGCUGUCUUUGUCCAUGCCUAUUUUGCCUGA